AUGGUGACAAAACCCCUCUUCUUCUCACCGCGGUUCCUUGCUCUGACGAGGUGUUUGAAGCAAGAUACAGGGCUCCUUGUCACGCAUAACGCGCUUCGACGCACGGUGGCACUCGCGGAUGACGGCAUCGAGACCCUCGCCGAAUGGGUGACUGUGUCGGGGCUGCUGCAGAGCGACAACUAUGCCGCCCUUAAAAAUUCGGCCUGCCAGCUGCGUAGUAGCUUGGGUCUCGCUAUGCAGUCGCUCCAGUAA